GGUGUGUAGUUUUUUAGAAAUGAUCAAGAGAGAGAAUUUCGUGGUUUGAUUCAGAUUAAAGAUUGGAGGUACAUGGAUCGAUGCAUCUCUACUGAGCCAUAGAGAGUGAGAGAAAGAUUAAUGUCUCGGCCCCAGGUCACCAUCACUCUGGGCCGUACUGGUCAGGUGGUGAAGAGGGCGGGAAACGUACCUGACGGCUCUCGAUUUGAUUCUUUGCCUUCAGCUGGAAGCAAGAGAUCCACGAGGGAUGGGGCUGGAGGUAAUGCCGAGAGUUCCCUCUAUGAGACGCAAUCCAAGACUAAGCGACAUCGGGGAGAUAGAAGUGUUUGGAGUUCAAAUGAUGCUCGGGUUGGUCGAAAUGAUCUUCGUUUCAAACUCAUGCAAAAAAACAAGUUUAGGCGAACACGGGGUGACUAUGAAGGAAGAAAUCACACGGGCCUUAAGAGACAAUUGCCAAGGGCCGUUUAUCCUCCUGUCAAUAUGUAUACACUGCAGCGCAUGCCUGAAUCAAAGGUUAAUGGCCUUUUAAGACGAAUUCCUCCCACAAGAAGUGCAGAUGAUUUGCUCCAGUUGAACUCAUCAAGAAAAUCAUAUUCCACGUGGACUCAUAAUGGGUUAAGAUGUAGAUCUCCAGACAGAAUUUUGAGUGCUUCUAGAGGCUUCUCACCACCGGGAAAUAUAAACGACCAGCAGCAAGUACUGACAUUUAGGCCAAUUGAUUCCUCAAGAGCUGCUGCAUAUAUGGGUAAAGACGCUUAUAACCAUUCGAGGCCCACAGGCUCUAUACAUUUUUUAACCAAAGCUACUUUGCCUCUUGAAGCCACAAAGCAGGUUUCACGACUUCCUCCACCAAAUAGCAUUGCUCAGAAAAAUUCCUAUUUGGGAGUGGAACCACUCACCGUUGCUAGCUUCUUACAUUCACUGGGUUUGGGGAAAUAUAUCAUCCUUUUUCAGGCUGAGGAAAUAGACAUGACUGCACUAAAGCAAAUGCGGGACAAUGACCUGAAGGAGUUGGGAAUACCAAUGGGACCAAGGAAGAAGAUCCUCCUUGCUCUCAGUCCUCAUUCGAAACAAGUGUAGCAACUUCAGAUUUGGACCUCUGUGUAUGUAUGAUCUUUCUGGUGCAAAAAGAGAAUAAAGGGGGGAAGGGGUUUGUUGUUGGUUUGAUUGUUGAUCCUCUGUAUGUCAUCCAUGUGUAGCACAACAUUCAAGAUUCUUGUAUGUAAAGAUUAAACUGUUUGUAUCACAUUCUGAAGAUGUGGCCCUUAGAUUUGUUGUAAAAAGCCACAUUCUUCUGGGAAAUGUUUCAUCUAGAUCCACUUUGUCCAAAUCAAGGUUCCCCCCCUUAUUUCCUGGAUCUUAUGUGGCAGACAUCACUGCUCGGAUUUAAUAGAAAUUAGGUUCUUAUGGCUCAAUUUUUUGGCUUUUUCAAUA